AGAUUCAGACCGUCUCUUAAUUGAUCGUUGAUAUGAUUUUUGAAUAACGAUCCAUGAGAAAUGAUUGUUGGUGCCGUGCGCAGAUAAAGCGUUUAAAUACAACGAAGGAAAGACCGAUCAUCGCAUACCUACUUUUCUUUCGUGACCACGGAGGGAGAAGUACCAUGUGGAAGAUAGUCCUAGUUGCGCUGUUCGCUUUGGCGACAGCCGAAAAAGUCAGAUAUGACAAUUACAAGGUGUUCCGUGUGACUCCUCAAUCAGAGGAGCAACUCCAAACUGUACGCGACCUGGAAUCCUUGUCCGAUUCGUUCUCCUUCUGGAAGGAGCCAACCGCAGUCAAUGGCUUCGCCGACGUGAUGGUUGCCCCCCACAAGACCCAUGAUUUCACCGAAAUGAUGGACAAUUUGGGAGUCAAGUACGAGACCUUCAUCCCCGACGUGCAAACCUUGAUCGACAGCGAAAGGCCACCAGCGCAACCCCUCGUUGCAUUCGACUUGAACAACUACCACACUCUGAAUGAGAUCUACUCUUACUUGGAUAGUCUGGCCAAGGCUCACCCUGGCAAGGUUGAAGUGAUCGUAGGUGGAUCGACGUACGAGAAACGUCAGAUCAAAGGUCUGAAGCUGUCUUUGGGUGGUAACAAACCUGGAGUCGUCCUCGAGGCUGGAAUCCACGCUAGGGAAUGGAUCGGACCUGCCACGAUCCUUUACAUGGUGAACGAAUUGCUGAACAGCAAGGCUGCCGACGUCCGAUCGCUCGCUGAGUCCCACACCUGGUACAUCUUCCCCGUCGUCAACCCUGAUGGCUAUGUUUACACGCACGAAAAGAACCGCAUGUGGAGAAAGACACGCAAACCAUACGGCAGUCUCUGUUACGGAUCUGACCCUAACAGGAACUGGGGAUACAAAUGGAUGAGCGGUGGUUCCAGCAGCAGCCCAUGCUCUGAAACUUAUGCCGGAAGCUCUGCGUUCUCUGACAUUGAAACGAAAUCCUUCUCUGAGUACCUCCGAUCGAUCUCUGGAAAAUUCUCCGCCUACGUUGCCUUCCACAGUUACUCUCAGCUUCUGAUGUUCCCAUACGGUCACACCAAGGAUCACUUGGAAAAUUACAGCGACGAACUCAGCAUCGGUCAGAAGACAAUUCAAGCUUUGGCUAAACGAUAUGGAACCUCAUACAAAACUGGAAAUAUCGCUGAAACGAUCUAUGUUGCCAGCGGAAGUUCAAUGGACUGGGUGAAGGGAACCUUCCACAAACCUGUUACCUUCACUUACGAGUUGCGCGACACUGGCCGUUACGGCUUCCUGUUGCCAGCUAACCAAAUUGCUCCCACCGCCCUGGAAACCCUGGACUCCUUGGUUGGCAUGUUCAAGGAAGCCAAGGCACGUGGUUACGACUAAAGGCACCAACAUCGAAUGGAUGGAUCAUUAUAUCAAACGGGAUAAAAACACACGAUUUUUAAUCCAAUAGUGAAUAUUUCAAUGUACGCAUUUAUUAUUAAAUCUGCACAAUAAAUUUUACUAACUUUUUUAAAUACCUA